GCAAAUGCGAUUUUUAGUUUAUUUUAUUCAACUUUUAAUCUAAGAGGCUUGAUAUACACAAUUAACGAUGACCUAAAUUCUAUCGAAUGUUGAGCAAUCGUAAACAACAUCUUUCCAAAUCUUAACAAAACCUAAGCUAUAGUUAUUUGCACAUUAAACUCUGCGGAAAUGCUGUUUUACGAUUAGGGGCAGUGAUAAGUCUGCACAAUUUCUUAACUUUUUAAGGCACUUUUGAGAAAUUCCUGCAAAGAUCCCAGUAGGAAUUGCUAGGAAAUCUCAUCAUGAGCUACUUGGGAAACGUAGCAGGAUUGUUUGAAAGAAUUCCAUCAGGAAAUUCUAUAGGUAUUUCAAGAGAAAUUUCUAAAGGAAUCCAAAAAGAAUUCCUGUUGAGAUUUCAACAACGAUUUUUCCAAGGAUUUAUCUACGAAGUCCUCUUGUGAUUCCUUAACCCUCCUUUGGCAUUAUUAGGGUCAUUUUUUAAACAAACCUUACACUACGUUAGUGAGCUGCUGCCAACGUUAUGCAAAAGGAAUGUUAACGGAUUUAUUCCAAAAUUCCUCUAUGAGUUCAUGUUAGAAUACUUUCUCAGGACUUUUUGAUAGGAUUCCACAGGAAUUCUUACUGAUUUCUCAAAAAAAUCUAUUUUUUUUUUCGGGAGUCCUUCGGUAAUUCAUAAGGACUCAUAGCAGUAAUUGCCAGUAAUCCCAGCUAGAUUACGGGAUGGAUUACUAACAGCCAUCCUUGUGGAUAUCCCUGGAGAACUAAUAGUAAGAAUACUUAAGAGUAAUUACGAGAUUACUGAAAAGAAUGUUUCGAGAAAUCCAUGGGGGAAUCACAGCCGAAGCUUCUGAAGGAAUACCAGGAGCUAUUAGUGGGAGCAUCCCAAAAGAAUUUCAGAAGUAAUCAUCGGAGAUGUUUGUGCAGUAAUACCAUUACAGUGCAGUAUUAGAAUUACUGGAGGAAUUCCAAGAAGAAUUUCUACAGGAGUCGUUGGAGAAAUCUCUGGACGUCUGGAAUCACUGCAAAAAUUACUGGAGGAAUCCCAGUAAAAAUAUCUGGAGAAGGCAUUAUUGGGAAAAUGCCAAGAAGUAUCUCUGAGGAAAUCUCUGGCGGAAUCACAAAAAACCGGAUUUGAGAUAAUACCGAUGCCAUCCAACACGAACAAAUCGCCGGUCAUUCACAUUGAGCACAACCUGGGACUGCAAUCGUGGUGCGUCAAGUAUAUCUACGAAUAUGCCCACCGGUUGCUGCUUCGACACAAAGCCGAAUGCCAAAAGCUUUCCGGAGGAGGAGGCCCGGGUCAGAAUUCGACCAAUCUAGUUGGAAGCAGUUCCGGUGCAAUGCUGAGCAGCACCACCGGCAAUAAUGCAAUCAUCAAGUACCUGAACUGUGCCAUCUUGAUCAAUCCGGAUGUGGCGACAUUUUGGAACCUGCGAAGGCAGUUGUUCGCCAAAAAUCGGCUCGACAUCACCAAGGAGUUUCAGUUUUCUGCAGUGGUGCUCAGUAAAAAGCCCAAAUCGAAUGAGGCGUUCGCUUACAGACGGUGGCUUUACUUGUUUCAAAGUUACGAUGCUAUCGAUUGGGCUUUCGAGAUAGGACUGUGCGAGAAAUGUGCCGAUAAGAGCACUACCAACUAUCACGCCUGGUGCCAUCGACAAUGGGUCAUCAUGAAGGCUCCUCAGCUGCUAAAAUUCGAGAUCUACAAAACGGAAAAGUUCAUCCGCAAGCACAUCCACGACUACAGCUGCUACAACCAUCGGCAGUUCGUUCUGGCGAAAAUGUCCGAAACAUCGUUCUUCGAUGAACACGAUGAGCAUGACUUCGAUGAGCUAAUGCAGUACACUGGUUCGCUGGUGAGUUCAACAGUCGCAACGGUGGACGAUCUGUUGCGCUGGCUAAUCCCGACUGCCAAUAGAGAAUCCCUGAACGAAUCGAAGGUAAGAUCGUUCUUAUUUUGCCUUAACCUAGCGGCGUACGAUUUGAAACUUUGUGAAGAACUAAAAUCAGCCUACGGCGAAUCCUUAGCGUUCGAAAAUCAUCGUAGGUUUAUGAUAAAGUUCAUUAUCGACCGUUGUCGGAGUGCACCCAGCACUCUGACACAGGAUACAAACGGACAAUGUUCCGCCAUGUGCAAUCAACCAAUGUCGAAAAUCACAAAACUAGACGAACAAGACAGUGCUUUCAUUCGGGCUAUCGAAAGUAACGAACAAACGCGGUCCACGUCACAGCACAAGAUGUGGUGCAAACUGUUUUUAGGAUUUGAUUUCGAAUGAGCUUUAGUAAUCCACUUUUUCGUUACCUUUCAACACACACAGACCAUAGCACAUAUUUUAGAAGAGUUCCUAAUCUUUUAAGUAGCGCUGAAAUGAACAAAUUCUUACUCUAUCUGCUUGGAAACUUUUCACUUGUUUGUCCUGCUGUUGACGAAUCAUGCGCUUUUAGUUGUCCCACACGUCGACGUAGAAUGUUGUUUCUUUUAUUAUUUUUUUUUUUUAUUUAUGUUGUUUUAACUCUAAUAGGAUAGUAUUUUCAAAACCGACGAUUAAGAAAAAAGUGAUAUGAAAGUCUCGAAAAACAAAGUUAGCGAACGAGCCGAUAAAUUUCAAAUCUUCAGCUUGAAACGUGACCAGUUCAGUAUGUGGAUCCUCUGGAACAGUCAUUAUAUUAAUGAUAGUUAAUUUUUGCUAAGAGUUUGAUUAUUUUGAAAGACAUCGCUGAAAGCAAUAAAUUUCAUAUAUUAACAUUUAUUAAAGUAUUACAA